AACGUUCGCCAGAAACAUUCGUCGCGAGUGACAUAAGCGACGCGAGAGCCACUGUCUGCUGUCUAUUGCCGAGCUCUCGCGAGAUUCGGGAUAGCUGACAGAAGAUCCCAGGUUCGAUUCAUCUCACGUUGGCGAGUCUCGAACAGCAAAACGGCCUUUGCCUUCGCGAUGAUUGCCCGGGACUACUCUGGGAUCUCAGCUGCUCCGGAAGCCAAAUUGCACAAUAAUUUCGAGCAUCUCUGGGGAGUUUCUGAAAGAUCUCACCCAAAAUUUGGAAAACCUGUCCCCGUGGGUUUAAGCGAUCAAGUAAAAACACGAGUCGCUCGUUACCGGGAAUUUCAAUUGAGCAAUGUGAAUUGCCGUAUAACUGCAGAAAAUACAAAAAGUGGGUUAGUGAUGAAACAUCGGCUAAAAGCCUGGAGAAUAAAGUUCGUGUCUAUAACGAGUCAGCGCCAGGAAAAUAUAGCACACUGUAUGAAUUAUGAACGAAUAUUUAUUCCCCUUUCUCUCUUUCCAUGUCACUUGUAUUUUAUCGAAGAUUCGCGACAAAAAGAAUCGCACAAUCGUAACGCGCUUUGAUAUUAUCUAAAAUUAAAUUAGGGCAAUAUAAGAGUUCUAACACAGGUGAUAUAAUGCGAUAAAAAAACUAAUAAAAAUAUUAGUUCUCCAUGUGAUGUGGGAGAAAUUUUAUUUAUUCAAAAUAGCAUGAUUAAAUGUCGCCAAAUUUAAUUUCUGAUUUUUAUCUAAGGAGUUUCUUUUUUAAUCAUUUUGAUAUUAUCUGUAUUUCUUACGAAUAUGAUUAAUUCGUGACAUUACGUCGGCAGCUCACUCUUGCGUUUACAUCGGCAUAAAUGUCACAAUUAUCGUUCAUGUGUUUUUUCCUGGGAUGUAGUAGGACUUAGUAGGUACUAGAAUCGAUUAGUUCCUCCGAGCAGCUUAUAUUAAUACGCGCGACCGGGAGUCAGCUACAUUCUUUAUUGCUAACGAAUGGUUCAUUCACAGAUUCAUUCGGCAUACCUUGUAGGCUGUCCACGAUAAGUCUCCUAAGCGUGGAUUAUCCGAUUUAAAGGACCGGUAAAUCCGCGAUGAGCAGUCUCACCGCGUGUAAUCGUAUUUGUGGUUUUACAAGAUUGUAUUGUAUCUCGGAUUACGGCGGAGUGGGAUGUCCUGGUAAUCGAGCCGGCAUUGGUAUAAAUCGGGGACAGGAUAUAUGUAUAUCCAGACGAUACUGUUCGAGUUUGAUUCUACGGAAUAAGCAUCCAUCCGACGCGUUUGCGGAAGCGUGUUCGUUUUUCGAAAAUGUAUGCAUGGAAUUAUAUAUAUGUUUCGAAAACUAUUAAUGUGCCUUUUCCCCAAGAAAAUGCACGCGUGAACGCGCAUUAAU